AUGCCUUUUUUAGCAUUGACCAGCAAAAAACGGGAGGUGGUUAACGUGGCGCACGCCUUUCUGAUGCCGUUGGACACGUCCUCCGGCCACCUCACACCGGAGCAGAUACUGGGGGCAGAGCAGAGGUUGCAGCGACUUUUACACUCCUUUGAGAUGACCUGUCAAGACGAGCUCGCAAGACUCCGAGAGGAAGGGAAUACGUUGAAGCAGCAGAUGGCGCACACCAUUGCAGUGGCCGACAAAAAUUGGAAGAAGGUUGAGCUUUGCCGCCAGGAUAAAUUUGUGGAGAUGCCUGCCGCGUGCCAAAAGGAGGUAGCUGUCAUGAAUGCAGAGUUGCGGUCGGGUCCACUAAGCUGCCUUCAAGGCAACCCGAUUAGUGCGUUACUAGAACAGGCUUUGCAGGCAAAGAUGGACGAGCUGCGGGUGUUGCAGGGAGAACUGGACGAAAUGACGGCGUCGCGAAUGAAUACAUUUACAGACCACCAGAAGCUCCUGCAGGAGGAGCGGGAACAACACCGAGAGCGUUUCUUGGCGCUACAAGAGGAGACUACGAGAACCAUUCAUGAGUUAACGUUGAAUAUUGAACGGCUGCGGCAUCAACACUUGCGAGAGACUAGGGAACUGCAGCGACAACACGCCGCUCAGGUGCACGACUUGGAAAGGCAACUGCAGGGCGAGAGGGAGGCACACGCCAAUGAUGCUCAGCGGCACACGGAGGUGAUGGUUCAAUUCCGAGCAACACUGCGGAAGCUGGAGGAGGAGAAGAAACAGCUUACACAGGACCUAACUAAGCAGCAGUUGCAUGCAGAAGAGUGGCGUCGGCGCUACAUUGAACGGGAUUCGCAGGCAAGGCUGGAAUGA